CGGGACCACAGCUCAAAACUCAACGAGUAUUAAGAAUUUUCUAUCUCGUCACCUUUACAAGAUCAAUCUUCAAUUUUAGUCACAUAACCUCCACAAGAUCAAGCGUAGUCACAAAUUGCGCCCUUAACACUCCUUUUUGUCCUGUGAAACGCUGUCUUGCCACCAGACAAAGCUGUGAAAAAUGUCCGACGCCUCUACUUCUGGUAUUGGUUCCGCAACGCCAACCUCUGACCCCGUUACCACUAGCGACGACGUUACCUCUUCCGCCGUCCAACCUUCAGAUAUUACUACUUCUUCUCCAGGCGUCACAUCUCAACCACAGAGUAGUGCCGAACCGACAUCUUCCGGUGGUGGCGAGCAGUCAAGCCAGGAUUCUGCAUCGUCGGCUUCAGCUUCUGCGUCGCCCACCCCAUCACCAAGCAAUGGCCAGAGUACAACAAGUCCAGGUUCUAGCGCACAACCGACUUCCAGCGGGGGGGGAAGUGCAAGCCAGAGUGCAUCGGCUAGCGCCACUGCAAGCCCCAGUGGCAGCGGGAGUGUCACCAGCAGUGCAGGGGGGGCAAGCUCGGCUAUAUCUGGCUCCACAUCCAUGUCUGAUGGAAGCAGUGUCGUCUAUGUUACCGUAACCAACUCUGACGGGGUGGUCACUACGUCACCCACGGCAACCCUACCUGGUGAUUCCUCCGGAUCCUCAUCCUCUAGCUCCUCGAACCAUACUGGCGCCAUUGUAGGAGGUGUCGUGGGAGGUGUGGCUGGUCUUGCCCUCAUUGCCAUUAUCCUGUGGUUCCUGUUGAAGAGGAGAAAGUCUCAUAGGGAUGAUUUCGACGACAUGAUGUUUGACCCUGGACGACCUGAAAAUCAGGCGCCCAUCGAUUUAGGACACGAUGGGGGUGCACCGACAGUUGAACCUUUCUACGCACCUGGUGUCGCAUCUACCGCUGCUUCUCCAGAAAUGAGCCAAUAUCCUCGUUCUGCCGCAACUAUUUCUGACGGUGGCUACGGUGCAGCCUCGUCUGCUGGACCACCCAGCACCACUUCUGCUGGUUUCGCUGGUCGUGGUGCUGGUGGCCAUGGCAUGUAUGAUUUGAACAUGGAGCCUCUACCCAUGCCUACUGCUCACCCCACGGGUGUUGAUGCCGCGACUGGGGCCGCUGGCUUUGCCGGUGCGGACGUUGGUGCCAUGGGUGCCAAACAGAGAGAAGCAUACCAAGAACAGCAGAGGUUCCGAGUGCAAAAUCAGGGUCUCGCAGGUUCUAGUGGUGCCCCCCAGCCGAUGAGUCCGACAGACACUGAUGGGACCGGUAUCACUGUGCACAGAGACGCUGGGGCCAUUGAGGAUGAAGAGCCCUCGUAUAACAGUGAAAUUCCCCCAACUUACGAAUCAAUCGGUAGAAGAGAAUAAGGAGGAAACUCCUUAUUGUUGUCAAUAGGCUUCACUUACUUUUCAGUCACUCAUUUGUGGAUAUUAUGGUAUGCAAACUGUAUUCGUUAAUCUAGUGUAACUUGCAUUGGUUGUGGUCGCCAUCAUAAAAGAGAGUUACGUAGUAAUGCCAGUAACGACACAUUCCUUUAAUAAUAAUGCCUUCAUAUAGGGACGCCCUGUAUGUAUGUUAUGCUGUGAGCUGUGGACUGGUCUUUGCAUCUUGCGAACGUAUAAGGGGUGCAUUCCAUGCAGCU